CCGCCCGUCCGCGAACCAUCCCGGAGUCCACCCUCCAGUGAGACUCUCCACACACAAACACUUCACUCUAAAUGUCCGCGCUCUCGUUGGUUCCACCUCGUCUCAAGAUGUCCGGAGGCCGCAGAGCUUCAGUCACGGCCGCUUUGUUUUUCUUCUUCAUUCUCUGCGACUUUUUACGGAGUUCACAGGCGCAAACACCGACUCCCUCUCCGGCUCCGGCUCCGGUCACUUGUGGCCAGAGAUCCAACACCAGCUGUGAAGAAUGUUUGAGAAAUGUGACUUGUUUGUGGUGCAGACCAACCCAACAAUGCAUGGACUACCCAGUGAGGAACAUCCUGCCCCCAGGCAGCGUGUGUCCUCUGACUGAUGCACGAUGGGGGGUUUGUUGGGUCAACUUCCAGAUUCUGAUCAUCACCAUGUCAGUGCUGGCUGGUGUCAUCAUCAUCGGCGUCCUUAUUUGCUGCUUCUGCUGUUGCAAAUGUGAAAAAACUGGAAACAAGAGAGAAGACGCCAAGGUGGAGCGACAAACUCAUGCAAGAAAGGCUCGUCAGAAAGCGAGGAGAUCAGAAAUGCAGUUGAGACAUGAUGAGAUCAGGUCGAAAUAUGGUCUGGCAAAGGAUAAUCCGUAUGCACGUAUGGACGACCAUUAAGAAGAAUCACAGACAUAAGUCCUUUUAUUUAAGGAAAAAAUAAAUCCUAUCAUAAGAUGACAUUGAAAGACAGCACUCAAAGUAGCAUAUUAGGUGUCAUUAUGCAGAUUAAUUUCAUUAAUGGCAGAAAAAAGUCACUAAAAUGUUUUUGCAAUCAUUUUUGACACAUGAUCUGCUUAUCUAAUGUUUUUUUUUGUUUGGUUUUUUUCAUUUUGAUGUGAAUGAUUGUGUGAAAAUACGCUCCUUUAACUUACUUUUCUUUCCACACAGGAAAGUAGACAUAAAAGGUAAACCCUGCUAGAUAUAUUAUCCACCAUGAGAAGUAAAUAUCAAUAUUAAUAUUGUUUUAAUUUUCAUAAAAAUGCGGUAUUAUAGAAUUCCCAUACCUCCACAGCUGAUUGGGGGUUGUGGUGCUUGUUAAAAUGCCUGUUUUAACUAUAAUUUCACUCAGCUUUACUGUUUAUUUUUGUACAAAAAAUGUUCCGUUGCAACAUGUAA